AUGACAGCCAGCCGUCAUUGGGCCCCUGGCGCAAGAGAUGCUGGACAACUUGAAACACACGGCCGUGCUGUGCAGACAGGGCGUGACAGCGAGCUGGCAAGAACGACUGCUGCCCAGCGAGCUCAAGACACCCUCUCGACCGCGACUUAUGCCCUGACCUCCGCGGUCCAGCGAGAGCAGGGCGCAACGAAGAGAGUCCGAGGCGUCGACCAGAUCUGGACCAGGCGAGGGGGACGGGUGGCAGAAACCGAUGAGGCUCCAAUGCCCGGCUGCGACAUGCAGAAAUCAGGAGUUGCGCGUGGGUGUGCAGCUCAGUGGGUCUUCUGCCGCCCAGCAGCGGGCCUGCAGACGCGGCACUCUGUCGCGGCUGACAGUGGGACCCGCGAAAUUAACACCACCGUGUUGUAUUAG